UUUCGCGAGCGAAAUGGAAAAAGUAAUCCUUAAAUCGACCGCGGAAAAAGGUCGUGGACUUUACGCUACGGAACUAAUACGACAGGGAACUAUUAUAAUAGAAGAAGAACCCCUAAUAUCCUGCCAAUAUUCUUGGAACGCUGCGUACGGCUACUUAGCGUGCGAGUAUUGUCUUCGCCCACUGGAAACAGCCGAGAGAAACGCUCAACGAUUGGCGAAUGAUCCAAGUAUUCUGUUGCCUAGAACAGAAUGCUGCACGGUAGAACCACUUCUUUCUAAUCAUACAAAGUGCCAGCAAUGCGGAGUUUUAUAUUGCAGCAGCGAUUGCCUGAACAACGCGUUAAACCGAUACCAUGCAGCCGUCUGUCUGGGGGACGAUGCGUUAAAUGAAAACCAUCCGAUUAACAUUUUGGUGGAAUUUUGGAAAAAAAUGCACUAUCCACCUGAAACAUGUGGUAUUAUGCUGUUCGUGAAAAUUGUAGGUCUUUUUAGACAGGCAAAAGAUCCACUAAAGCUAAGGGAGCAGUUUCAGGAAUUUGUUCAUAAAUCUGUAAACGAAGAUUUGUUUAUUUUUCACAAAAUGCUCGGUGAAAAAUUCACGUCGCAGAUAGCAGAAUUGCACACGCUUUUUUGCAAGGCAUUUAAAGUGGAAACUGACGAUCGGCUCAAUUGGUUAAACAUCGACGGUUUUAAGAGUCUAGUAGCACUGGUUGGUACAAACGGGCAAGGAAUAGGCACGAGUUCAUUUGGUGAUUGGGUGAAAAACGUUUCAGCAUGUGAAAUAAACGAAGCGGAGCGCAAAUCCGUAGACGAUCUUAUAGACGACCUUUACAGUAAAAUGGAUGAUGCGGUAGGCUCAUUCCUCAAUAAUGAAGGCUCAGCGCUGUAUAUUAUGCAAAGUAAAGUCAAUCAUAGUUGUGCACCUAAUGCUGAAUCGGUAUUCCCUUACUCAAAUCACGUGCUCGCAUUGAAAGCUACACGAGACAUAGAACCUGGAGAAGAAAUUUCUAUUUCUUAUUUAGAUGAGUGUAAUUUAGAAAGGUCACGACAUUCACGUCAGAAGGCUCUAAGAGAGUAUUACCUAUUCAUAUGUCAGUGCGAAAAAUGUGAAAGUCAAAUCCACGACCCAGAUGAAACAUCGGACGAAGAGGAAGAUGACGAUGAGGAUAUGGAAGACUCCGACUAA